ACUAAAACUCCACACAAAAGUUAGUUGCAUCAUACAUGGCUUUUAAAUUUGAAAGGAAAAUUUUAUUGAACUUGCUUUUAAACCCCAAAAAUGCUUAAAGGAAAAUUUUUACUCCAAUAAAAAUGUUAAAUUUAUCUCAAUUAUAUAAUAUUGGAGCAAUCAAUUAUAAGAGCAAUGGUAGUUGGUGGGCGAAGGAAUACUGUCUGCUUUCUUGCUACCUUUCUACCUCUGUUUCUAGUAUCAUUGCUUCUGACAAAUGUUGAAGUUUUUGGUUAUCCAUCAACUGUGAUGCCACCCGUCUCUUGGACUAACGACGUCCCAAUUGGCUUCAGUUUUUGGGAAUCAGUAGGGGUGAGACCUAUCUUGCUUAAUGGGAGUUUCGUUUGUGGCUUCCACUGCAAAAUUGAAGGAACCCCCUGCCUCUUUGCUAUUUCCAUCUUCCCAUCUAAUCUUGAUAGCAAGUCUAGCUUUUCUACACAAAUGGUAUGGUCUGCUAAUCGAAACAAGCCGAUUGGACUUGGGGCAAAAUUGCAAUUUUCUCAAGAAGGGGAUUUAACACUGGAAGAUGAUCAUGACACUCUGGUUUGGUCUACAAACACAACAGGUAAAUUUGUUUCAGGAAUGAAGUUAACUCAUCAGGGUAACCUUAUACUGUUUGAUGGAAACAAUGAGACAGUUUGGCAGUCUUUUGAUCAUCCAACAGAUUGUUUAGUUCUCGGACAGAGGCUUGUUUCUGGGCAGAAACUGAAAGCUAAUAUGUCAGCCACAGAUUGGACGGAGGGUUUAUAUUCAUUUUCAAUUGAUAGUUCUUAUGGUUAUUUUUUUGCUUCUAAAGGGUCAUAUGCCACCCUAGACUAUUACCACCAGUUCUCUGUGUCUCAAACAAAAAAAAAAAAAUCGCAGUUUUAUGCUGAAUUCAACGACACUAAUUUUGGUCCUUUCACUUUUCCACGGGCUGGAGUUAGUUUUAUACAAUUAGGAUCUGAUGGGCACUUAAGGUCUUUUAGUUGGGUAGAAUCAGAAUGGAAGGAAGUCGAUGAUUUGUUUAAGAAUGAACUCAAUCGAUGUGAUUAUCCGCUGGUGUGCGGAGAAUAUGGAAUUUGUUCAAUGGGAGGAGGAUGCAAUUGCCCAGAACCAGAUGAAAACAAUACAGCGCACUUCAAGAUGAUUAAUUUUGAUCAUCCAGAUCUUGGGUGUUCUCCUAAUGUACCACUAUCUUGUAAGUCUUCUUCCCAUGAAAGUCUUCUGGAGAUCAAGCAUGUUUCUCGCUCUGCUAGCUACCUUCAAGAUAAUUCUAAUAUAAGAGACAUCGAGAGCUGCAAGCAAGCCUGUUUAAACAACUGUUCUUGCAAGUAUGCUGUUUUUCAAAGUUAUGGUUCUAGUUUUGAACUGUCUACCUUGUGCUUCUUUGGAUAUGAAGCUUUGUCAUUCAAAAGAGAAGUGGAUGUAGAAUACAAUUCAUCUGUGUUUUUAAAGGUACAAAGUUCAAUCACAGUGCAGAGCUCUCCAAUCGGACCAAAUCCACAAAGAAAGAAAAGAAGCAAGGAUCCAAAGGAUGUUGAGGAGGAUUAUCUGGGUCACAUCUCAGGAACACCCGCGAGAUUCUCUUAUGAACAGUUAAAGAUUGCAACCAACAAUUUUAGCAACAAGCUAGGAGAGGGAGGAUUCGGUUGUGUUUUUCAAGGAACAUUACCUUGUGGUGCUCAAAUUGCAGUGAAAUGCCUUGAUGGUUUUGGUCCUGUAAAGAGGUCAUUUAUAGCUGAGGUUGAGACCAUAGGAAGCAUUCACCAUUUCAACUUGGUACGACUGGUUGGGUUCUGUGCUGAGAAAUCACGUAUGCUUUUGGUUUAUGAGUACAUGUGUAACGGGUCGUUGGAUCAAUGGAUAUUCUGCAGAGACAAAGCGCUUGCUCUUGGUUGGCAAUGCAGAAGGAAGAUCAUUCUAGAGAUAGCCAAUGGUCUAGCAUAUCUUCAUGGGGGAUGCAGGCAGAAAAUAAUUCACUUGGAUAUCAAACCCCAAAACAUCCUUUUGAAUGAAAAUUUCAAUGCUAAGGUUUCUGAUUUCGGGUUGUCUAAGCUAGUAGGGAGAGAGCAAAGCCAAAUUGUGACAACAAUGAGGGGAACACCGGGUUAUAUGGCCCCAGAAUGGUUGAACUCAGUGAUCACAGAAAAAGUAGAUGUAUAUAGCUUUGGCAUUGUUGUU